CAGUAACUUUCCUUUGUCUGCAUUCCCUUCUUCCUACGACUUUCAAAAUGAGAGUAUCAAGACACCUUCAACCUUAUUCGAAUAUUCAAUUAGGAACUUGACUUCACAUUUUGAGAGUAGUUCUCCUGCGGACUUUUGUUCAGUUUGUUUUUGCUUUUGAGAGCUUCCCCGGCUAUAAAACACACGCUCAGAUAAGGCUCCUGAUAAGGUAUCUCUGGGGUGUUCUAGCCCCAGCCAUCAAGUUCCUUAUUUAUGCGUCUGUGCCGCGACUUAGCAAUCUGUAUCAGUGCGUCGCGCGGUGGCCGGUGUCCCUAGUGUGUAUUAUUGCCUUACGCUGGAAGGAUCGAAGCCAAAGGUGUGAUGAGGUUGUGGGCUGAAGUACCGUUGGUGGCGGUGGUGGUGGCAAUGGCGGUGGCGGUGCAGGAGGCAGGAGCCGCGCGAAUCCUGAUGCUGCACCCGACCAGCACCAGAAGUCACAAGAAUUUCUUCAUGGCCAUCGCGGAGAACCUGGCACAGAGGAACCACUCGGUGACAUUCGUGACGAACUUCAACUCGACACGCCAGCGACCCAACAUCCGGGAGGUAUUCGUAGCCGACGAAUCCUUUACCCCGUCUCUUCCAAGCAUGUUCAACUUCAACAGCCUGCAGGUGACGAGGCAGCUUUACCCCGCCCUGGUCACCACCUGCAGCCUGACUCUUGCUGCCGAUGAGGUUCAGUCGAUCCUCAGGGAAGAGUUCGACUUGGUGAUGAUGUACCCAUUCAUGACAGAAUGCUUUCUCUCUGUCAUACACGAAUGGAAAGUGCCGUUCAUCUACGUGUUUCCCAACAUGGUGCAAGUGGCAUUCAGUGACAUCGCCGGCACGCCCUUCUUCCCAUCCCUCGCGGCGAGCUAUUUCCUUAACCUCGAGUACCCGCUCACCUUCACCGGCAGAAUGAUCAGCACGGUCGUGGGCGCCAUGAACAUUGUCUUCUCGGAUUUCCUUUUGUCAAGGCAAGAGACGGAAUGCCGCGCCCGAAAGCUGUGCCCUGAGGACUUGCCCAGCCUGGCAGAGUUGAAGCUUAAGAGUAGUCUCUUCAUCACUAACAGCGUCAGGACGAUGGAGAACCCGCUGCCCUACACGCCCACGGUGGUGCACGCCGGAGGAAUACACUGCCGCCCCGCCAAGCCGCUCCCCGAGGAUCUGCAGCAGUGGGUCGCCGGCGCGGGGAAGCCAGGAGUCAUCCUCUUUAGUCUGGGAACCCUCGUCAAGUCAUCAACCUUACCCGAGGAGUACAGGAAGGUGCUGCUGGAGGUGUUCGGUUCCCUGCAGCAGCGGGUCCUGUGGAAGUGGGACGAGGACGCCAUGGAGGGCCUUCCCCCCAACGUGCGGCUGUCCAAGUGGCUCCCUCAGCAGGACAUCCUCGGUCACCAGCAGCUGCAGCUCUUCAUUACACACGGGGGUUUGCUUAGCACCCAGGAGGCGUCCUACCACGGGGUGCCGGUGCUCGGCCUGCCUGUCGCCGUGGACCAACAUCAAAACAUGAGGAUGGUGCAGCGGGAGGGCUGGGGACGCUUCCUGCACUGGGAGGACCUCAACUAUGACAGCUUUCGCGGCAACAUUCUCCAGAUGAUAGGCGACACAAGGUUUCGGGACGAGGCGCAGCGUAGGGCGAAGGUGAUGCGGGACCAGCCGUUGUCGCCGGGGGACUGGACGACCUACUGGGUGGAGUAUGUCCUGCGGCACCAAGGGGCACGCCACCUCCGCUCCACCGCCCUCGAAAUGCCCUGGUACCAGUUGUACAACGCUGACGUGUGGGCGGUGGUGGUGGUGGUGACGCUGGUGGCGGGGGUCCUGGCCUCCUGGCUCUGCUACAGGAUCCUUCGAGUCCUGAUUGGCUGCUGCUGCCGAGCAAGGAAGGCCAAGAAGGACUGACGUCUGGUGUCUGGUAUAUAGUAACGCCGGCCGCGAGGAGUGAGAAGUUAAAUGGCGUUAGCCGAGCAACACAUGACGUACUGUGUAUGCCUUAAAAAUGAGCUUCCCCCAAAACACACACAGCAUAAGAUUCAUAACUUUUCCGAGGUCGAAGGAAUAUGUCAUCGUAGGAAGAGUUCAGUUUAUGUUCGCAUCCCCGUUUUCCUUGCGGCACCGUCACGGCGGGAGGGGCGCUUACCUGCUUGUUCCGCCGCGCCGCGCCCAGCGAGGCGGCGCCGAGGCUUCGUCAUGGCUGCGGCGAUGCAAGGAAAGGGAAGGAAAUGUAGAGAUAGUUAAAGGUGCAAGAAAUAAAAAGAACAAAGCCACAAAUAAAUAUCACAACUGUAAACACUUAUGCGGGAAAGAAAAUAAAUAAACAUACAAACAUA